AUGAAGCCCGGAAUCGACCCUCCUCACGACUCGACAGACGAGGAGAGCAGUGAAUUCGAUGACAUUGAGCAUAUAGACCCACCUCAAAAUGGAGCAGUAAAACAGCUCAAAUGUGAAGUGAAAGAGUACGAGGAGCGCAUGAACCUGAAAGGGGAGUUGAUAAUGAAGGAGAUUGAGGAGAAGCAUGCAGUUGAUGAGAAGACCGAAGGCCAAGACUAUGCGAUGAAAUCCUACAAGAGGUAUGGUCGAGAUGGAAGUUUGGAAUCAUCACGUCUCGAGAUUCAAUCGCCGUACCUCAAAGAUGCACUCCGAGCCGUGGUAAAGGAGUAUCCUGGUGUCAGUUUUCGGGGGGACACCAUCAUUCUUCACGGAGUCCUACGAUGUGUCUUUCACUACCGCAAAGAACUCGAAGAAUACAGGCAGAAGAUCGGAGAUAGGUACGCGAAACUGCACGUUCAUCUCUUGCUGCGCUUCAUGGAGAAGGAACUGCGGAGCUCAAACCGGGGCUACGAAGCGAAUGUCAGCACAUCGAUUUCUAGUCCAGCCGUAGAGUACAAAGAUUUGUGGAUGGUCUUCCUUCCAGGCGAGUCCGUGGUCACCGGACAGGAUGAAACGCACCAGAUAUUAUCUUUGGUAUCAACAAAGCUGAUUGAACAAGCUUGCGGAAGCUUUUGGAGAAUUACCGGACGAUGCUUUACGCAUGAUGGGAUAAGAUUCGGCUAUGCUCACAAACACAUCAACAUCCUGCCUUAUGAUGGGACGAAGUCGAUCAGGGCCUUUCCGAUCGUACCUCUAAGGUAUUAUGAUACCGAGACGGGGAUCCAAAGACUGCGCGAGAUGCACAUUUCCCGCGGUAAAAAGUUCUGCGCCUUGAAGAAUCAUCAUCAUCGGUCAUAUACCGGGAGAGCAUUUGCUGUGAGCGACGAAUGGGACGAGCGCCAGGAUGAUGUGCCACGUCCGCCACUCCCUCCUGGGGCACCCUACAGCAAGUACAGAGUUGACAGUGUGAACAUCAACAGCCGCAUUAUGGUUGACUGUAAAACUUUCGGGGAAUCGAAAUCACCGAAUAGAGUUUACCUAAAUGAUCGCAAGCCAUUGUGGACGAAACCUGACGAGAAGGAGAUUGAUGCGAUCAGCGAUGACGACCUCAUGAUUUGCGAUUUCCAGGUCCCAGGCUUCUCCCUCUUUGAUAAGAAGUGGUGCUUUUUCGCCGUCGACUUCAUUAAAGAUGUCGAAUUCAAUGAUACUGCAUUCCAGCAAUUACUCCUCCCCAAGAAUCACAAGGAGCUUGCCCAUGCUCUAGUUAAGAACCACGGCUCAGACGACUUUGAUGAUAUGAUCAAAGGGAAAGGGAAAGGGCUCGUGUUUGUUCCCCAUGGAGCACCAGGAGUUGGCAAGACCUUCACUGCAGAAAGUAUCGCAGAUGAUGUACGAAAACCACUCUACGUUGUGAAUUCAGGCGAACUGGGAGUCACUCCGUAUGAUGUCGAGACGCAUCUGAAUUCUGAAAAGUAG